AUGCCGCAGGGACAGUUGAAAUCGCGCGUGAAAACCGCGCGUGGACGACGGGCGACGGUGGGGAAGACGACGACGACGACGGGGAAUCGACACGGAAAGAUCAUCAAGCAGCGCAAGGGGACGUUUGAGAAGAAGCCGAAGAAGACCGCCGCGGUCGUCGCGCGGGCGACGAGCGCGGCGAUCACGCGGGAGGUGAACGCGAAGAACGAAUUGGAAUUCAGUCGCAAGGCGACGUCCUCGGGCGGCACCUUUCGCGUGUUACGCCGACCGGAGGGGGUGGAGUUGGACCCGCGACUGCGAGGACCGAAACCGAAAAAGGCGAAACCGGUGGUGAAGACGCCGGGGCAAUUGCAAAAGGAGAAGGAGGCGGCGAAGUGGUCGUAUUAA